CCGGCUCCCGCUGCCGCUGUCCCCGCGCUGCCAGCGCCAGCCAGCCGUGUCCCUUGUCCCUUGCAGCCCAGAGCCUCGGCCUCGCUGGUGAGUCCUCGGGGGAUGCCGUGUCCCCGCGCCGCUGUCCCCAGCCCCGCGCUGGCCCUGGCACGCUGCUGUCCCCUGUCACCCGCAGGUGCCCCGAGCCCGCAGCUCCUCGUGGAGCCGCCCUGGAGGCCGGCGGUGCUGUGGGACCGGGUGACACUGACCUGCCGGGGCUCGGGGACCGCCGGGGACACCACCUGGUACAAGGACGGGCGGCGGUGGCGACUGGAGGGACCCGAGAGUUUCACUGUCACCGAGAAUGGCACCUACGAGUGUGACAGAGCCGGCAGCGGGCUCAGCCCCCCCGUGACCGUCACAGACGAGUGGCUGGUGCUGCAGGUGCCGGCGGGGCCGCUGGUGGAGGGGGACACGGUGACACUGCGCUGCCGGAGCCGGUGGUACAACCCGGAAACCGAGGUGCGGUUCUACCACGGGGAGAAGGAUUUGGGGAAAUCCCUGCGGGGGUCCGUGCUGUCCCUGUCCCCCCCUGAGGCUGCUGCACAGCGGCCAAUACCGCUGCGGGGACUGGUGGAGUUUGUGGCCCUCACGGAUGUGGCUGCAGUCGGAUCCGGUGUCAGUGACAGUGCACGUGGCCGCAGCGGUUGGGGGGUCCCUGCUCUUCCUGCUCCUGCUCCUGGCUGUAGCUGCGGGCUGGCGCCGCUGGAACAACGUGGGGCCCCCCCGGCCCCCCCGGAGGAGGAGGAGGAGGAGGUGCUGUACAGCCGCGUGGUGAGCAGCCAGCGGCCAGGGGGUGACACAGGGCUGGGACACCGGGACACGUCACCCAUCGCUGCCGCCCCCACCCAGAGCCCACGGCCGGGGGCUCUCGCAGGCUCCCCCCGCGCCCCCACGCUCCAGGACCCCCGGGUGAUCUACGCGGAGCUGCGGCGACCCCACGGGCGAGCCCGGGAACGCGGUGACAUCGACGGGGACGUGCUGUGACACCGGAGGGGCUCUGGGGGAACUGGGGGGCAGCGGGGAACCCCCCACCCACGUCUGUGUCCCCCUCCUCACUGCUGUGGGGUGCUCAACAUUCACGGGGGGCCGGGCACAAGUGGGGGGGUCACCCGUGAGGUUCCCCACGCCCCCUGAACCCCCAAGGGCUUCCCCAGCCCUUUCCCACUGCCCCAUUCCACAUCCAGGUACCCCCAGGGGCUCCCUCAUUCUCCUCCCACUGCCUCUCCAUUGCUCCCAGUGUAUCCAGGUGUUUCCCAUUCCAUCCAUCCCCAGUAGCCCUGUGGCUCUGCAAUCCCCCUCCCAGUGCUCCCAGUACAGCCCUGGCUCCCCACCAGUGCCAGGGGAGCCCAGGACUGGCAGCAAAAUGCAGCUUUUUGGUCAAA